UUCAGCUCAAGCAAUCCUUGAAGCUUGAUACAGAUACCCCAAUAUACACCCACCUCCAGCCUCCAGUAAUCAUGGAUCUCGUGGCAAGUAUUCGAAAGGAAGGCAGCCGUGGCGGCCGCGACUCCUUCAAAUGGUCCGAUGUCAAAACCUCCACCCACCGCGAAAACUACCUUGGCCACUCCCUGAUGGCUCCCGUCGGUCGAUGGCAGCAAAAUCGAGAUCUGUCCUGGUAUGCCAAGGGAGACAACGACCCCGAAGACUCCCCAGAAGAAGCCGCGGCGAAACGACGCACUGAGCGAGAGGAGGAGAUUAAACGCAUUAAGGAAGCUGAGCAGGAGGCGCUGGCGCGUGCGUUAGGUUUACCCGUCGCCCCCAAAAGCUCUCAAAAUGCAAAUAUGACGCCACUGGGUGGAAAAGAGGUAGAGCGGGCUAUUCAGGAGGCAAGUGCGGCGGACGGGGGAGCGGAGAAUGAUGACCGCCCCAGGGGCGUUGGGUUUGGGGGUUUUGGGGGUUUUGGGGGGAUGGGCGGGAUGAAGGCUGGAGAUCAGGAAGAUAUGAUGGAAGGGACGGGGUAUGAAAUGGUUGGCCCGGAUAAUGGGAUGGAGCGGCGUGGCAGGCGAGGGGACCGGACCCGAAGUGGGCGCGAUGGGGGUGGCGAUCGUCGAAGGAGAGGUGCGAGUAGGGAUCCAGAUCGAGGAGAACGAGAUAGAAGGAGUAGGAGACAUGAAAAAGAUGAUGAGCGCCAUGGAAGACGGAGACGCCGCUCUCGAUCUCCCGAUAGCGAUCACGGGGUAGUACAGAGGCGCCGCUCUAUAUCGGCUGAGAUGCGGAGGCAUCGUUCGAGGUCGGGAGAUAGGGCCUCUUAUACAAGAUAUCGACGAUCAUCUAGAUCGCGGAGUCGAGAUCGAAGGCGAGGGAGAAUGCGAGAGGAGAAAUAUCCCCGUCGUGAGCGGAGUUAUUCUCCCGCUGAGCGUCGUAGCCAUCAUGAUCAACGUUCCAGGCGAAAAAAUGACUAUGAUCGAAGGAGAUAAAAAAAAAAGCCACACUUAUUAAUGAGAUAAUGAUGGCCUUUGGAAAUACACGGGUGGCAGGAGUUCGGCGCUGGUGUCUUUUACAAGAUUUAACAUAUGUUACAUUCAUCUUGCCAUAACCUUUAUAUGAUGGGUAUUAUCCCACCAAAAAACCACGAACCGUUCUAUAUCUAUAAAUAAAAUACCCUUUUUAGAUGAUCCUCUUACAAUUCAUCAUGGCGGGUCUUCUGGUCUGUGCUCAAAUCUGGCAUGACCAUCAUCUUGACCACUAAACUCGUCCAUCCGGUGAAAUGCUGUGUUCGUUGACCAGCGCCGGUCUCGGGAUUAUACUGCUCCCAUGCAAAACCAGUCUUUUUCCAUUGAUUAAACACAUUGUCGACAAUGUUCUUGCGGAGUUGGGUAUACAUCUGGCGUGCUUGUUCUUGAUGUGGACCAGAAACCGUGGCGACAUCCUGUUUUCCCAAGAAGGUUAGUAGUGUGCUCUUGCAGAGAGCUUCAGUCAUAAUAGAACUCCCAGAUCCGAUUUCGACUUACAAGGAGGUUCUUGAGAAUCAAGUAAUUAAUGUUAAUCCAGAUGGGACUCCUCCAAUAAUUCUCUCCUAUUCCAUAAAACUCAUCUUUUUUGCUCAGACUACGAAUACCGUAGUCACUCCACAGCUCCUCUGGAUCCUGGAUAAGAUCCAAAAUAGGACCCAGCCGCGGGCUAUCAGCGGGUACCAAGCCCGUCAUAAAUGGGAAAAGAGAUACAUAUCCCUUGUGACAGACAUGCACAUGCUCCUCAAACUCAUCAAUGGUCGCAUCGCAAUAAGUUUGAGCAUCUUUGUCCCAAUGGAGAUCAUCGAUAUUCCGAGUGAUCGCAGUCUCAUAUUCCUUAAAUUCUUGCACGUCGUCGGUUUCAUCCAAGGCUUCAGCAAUACGCCGAAUCGCACGGGUCAUCAUUCCCAUCCAGCUAAUCAAAUCUACAUGGAGUUCGCCAGGGUGGGGAGGCUGAGGUCUCGGGUAAUCAUCAAGUCCGGAUGUUAGAAUGUGCUGCACAGAUCGUCCUCGCCACCUGUAGGAUUCCUUCGUAGAGAAAGCUUCCCGAUCAUACGAUUUAAUGUCACCCCACUGUGUUUUCUUAAACCAGAAAUACUGGCGUUUAAGUAGAGGGUAGAUAGAGCGAAGAUACGAAAUAGCAAGCUCCGGGUGUUCCAAAUAUUCCGAGCGGAUAUCGGAGGGUAAACCGUGUGCCUCAGCUUGUUUCCGGUCGCCAUGCUUAUUUAAUGGGAUUCUCUCCACAAAUGCCUCGAUAAUCAUGAAUAAUGUUGGAGGAUUUGCAUAAUGUGGAUAUUGAACCUGAAAUUCCUGAGGCACCUUGCUACGGGCUUCGGAGCCUAAGAUCUGUUCGCGUGCAAUCCACCCAUCCUCAUCCAUGAGAUUGAACCAGCUCUUCGUUAUUUCCAAACUACCACCUAUUAGCAAUUGCCAUCAAAAUCCGGUUCAAUUAAAACGUACGUCAAGUCGAGGUCCCAAUCAAUAAUAGGGAUCAAGUGGAAUCCUUCAUCCCAGAGGAAGCCACGAGGGAAGAAUGGCCGGGACGGGAUACUUGUAAACAACUCCGAAGGGCCAACUAGGCUUGGCUCUGCCCGGGCUCGUGCUUGUUCUGUCUCUUCCC